CCCACGUUCCAACCUUCCCCCACUUUCACCUCACUCCAACAAAUGGAAUGUAUUUAUGUAUGAACGCGAAUCUGCCUGUCCUAUAUUUUCCUUUCCUGAUUAGCUGCUUACUGACAACUCUCGGGCCUGCCUGUUGAAGGAAGGUUGAGAAGAAUGAUGAUCAGGUAUUGCUUGUACAACUCUAUGAGGAUUGUGAAUGUCAUUGUUAAUCUGUUUGGAGUUGGGAUCAUUAUUUAUUCCCUUUGGUUGCUCAAGAAGUGGAAUAAUGGGGUUUCUCUUCUUCCUUCUAUUCGUGAUCUUCCCAGACCUUGGUUCAUCUAUGUAUGUUUAGGUAUUGGGAUUGUUGUCUGCUUGAGCACUCUUUCAGGACAUAUGGUUGCAAACUGUAUCAACAAAUCCACACUUGCUGUCUAUAUUGUCUCAAUCUUCUCUGUUCUUUUAAUCCAAGUGGGAGUUAUUGUCACGAUUUUAUUCAGAAUUGACUGGGAAUCACAAAUUAUCAAGUACAUUCAUGGGCACUAUAAAGAAUUCAAGAGCUUCCUUCUCUUCCAUAUUGUUUUGUGUCGCUUGAUCGCAAUUUUAGUUCUGGUGGCUCAGCUCAGUGUUGUUGUUCUUGCUGCAAUUCUUUGGGCUGUAGGAGGAGAGCCAACUAUUCAAAGCCGCAAUACAGAUCCACUUGACAUCACACAAUCGUUUUUGACAGAUUGCGAUUCACCUGGAUCGGAUGACCAAAGACGCCUCGCAGAAAUGAUGGAGGGGAUUUUCACUAGAUCCUUUCGACAGAUUAGAAGAAGUCCGAGCUAACUCAAAAUGUUUUAACAUUUCAUUGGUAUAGUUCUUCUUGUGUAAAUUAUUAAUAAAUCUUAAUAGUUGGAUUUAAUUCUCAUAAAAAAUAAAUCAUAAUAAAAUCAUUGUUAAAAUAAUUUUUAGUGA